UUUCAUUAUAUUCGCUUUUCAGUGUUCGGAGGACUUUACUUGUACCUACCUAUUAACUUAUUUCGUAGUACGAGUAAUUUUCAAAACUAAAAUGAUUUUCUCUAAACGAAAUUUAUUUGUCAUUACUUUAACAGCUUUUAUUGUUUCUGACAUGACUACUAAUGCAGAUCCUUUAGAAAAAAAAGAAGCUGGAAUAGGAGCUUACAAUAGUGGCGAUUUCACCAUAUUUACCCCCAUGCCGGUUACCAAAUGGCCUGUUGCGAAAUCGGGCGAUAAGUAUUUUUACAUUGGAACAUUUUUUAAGGCUGAUUGGUUCAAAUCCAUGGCGUUUUGCAAUCUUCAUGGAAUGCGAUUGGCUAGCAUUACCACUGAACAACAAAAUAAGGAUCUGGUGCAACAGUUGGAAAACUUCGGUUAUGGUCAAGAUUCUCAUUUUUGGACCUCUGGUAACGAUCUAUCAGUUGAGGGCACGUUCGUUUGGUCAGGCAACGGCCAAAACUUCGGACGGUAUACCAAUUGGCUGGACGGCGAACCAAACAAUACCAAAGUGGACGACAAGGAUGAAGACUGUGUAGAAUAUUGGUAUAAAGGAAAUGAAGGUUUCAAAUGGAACGAUCAGUUUUGCACUUUCCAAGCAAAUUUUAUAUGUGAAUUGGUGAACUAAAUAAAAUACAAAAAAAAAAUGGUUACCAACAUGAUUGUAAUUUAAAAAUGUUUAUUUUUAAUGGUUGUAAAAAAAAAGAACUAUUAGGUUUAAAAAAAUGAAUAUUACUUUAUAGUUUGUCAAAUCAAUACAAAAUAUUAUUAAA